AUAAAAAGGGUUACUCCAACCUAUUGCUAAUAGGUUGGAUGCAAACCUUAUAUUGAGCCCACAUGCAGGAUUUUUGAUGAGAUUUUACUCCUAAAACGGAAAGGUGUUUAGUUCAUCGAAAGAUCACCUGAAAAAGUUCGUGUCACGGGGGAAAUUGUAUUCUCAAAGCUCUUGUUGAAGAAGGUGAACUAAGAGACUUUCGUGAUCUGCACAGAAUGUGGGGCACGGAACGGAUCAUUGAUAUUCUAGAGCAGCAACCUGUCGAAAAGAGGAAGGAGACAUAUAAGUUGCUUGUUCGACAGACGAACGAACUGGAUGAAGGGAUUCAAAGUGAUGCGUUUCUUGAAUUUAAAGAUUCUUCUCAGAAUCUCUCUAUUCCUUUGAUAAAUGAUACCCAUGAGCAAGAUAAUCACAAUGAGUUGCAAGGGUUUCUUGGGCAUCAUAAUUUGGAAAGGAUUCAAAGUGAUGCGUUUCUUGAAGAUGCUUCACCAACUGAAAACAGCGGUUCGGUUCUUCGACGUCCUUCUAAUCAGAGGGAUGAGUCUUGUGCUGAUCUCUCUUGGGCAGAUUAUUUCCAGGAAUUGGCUGACGCGGUGCCCCAAUUUCAAGCUGGGGGUAGCAAACAUCAGGGUGGCCAGAAUGAGGGGAAUGAUCGACAGGGAAGUCCUCGUCCAUUGGAGGACGUGAUGCCCCAAUUUCAAACUGAGGCUAGCAAGAAUCAGGGUGCCGAGAAUGAGGGAAAUGAUCAACAGGGAAGUCGUGGUCCAGAAGCAAAAUUGAUUGCGGACUCCCUUGAAAAAGAAAUUGUAAGUUUGGAUUCCGAUGUAAAAACAUUAGAUGGAAACGUAAAGGCAUUAGAAGAAAGAGUGCUAAAAGCUCACGGGCUUCUUUUCAAGCUCAAGAGGCUUAUCUAAAAAGGUAGUGUUAGGCAAGGUUGUCAAAAUCGAGAUUUUACCUAAAAUCAUUUUGAUUAGGUGAAAUCGGAAUCGUAAAAUCGAAUCGGUAAAAUCGAAAUUUUACAAAAUUUAAUAUAUAAUACAUAAUAAA